UUCAAUAAGAGGAAGGAAAAUUUUGCAGUAGCCUCCCUUAUCAUUACUCUAUUUUUUCUACUACUCAGAGAAGCUGAAGGAGAGGGAAAAAUAGAUCUGGCAGAUAGUAUUUCAGGGCUAGUUGCAAAGAGGGUAAUGCACAAAAGGAUCUUGUCUGGAGAGAUGAGUACUGCAUGUGAAUGUUAGAGGCACUAUGGAUGUAAGCGCUCAGUGUCAACAGCCUCCUAUCCUGAAGACACGCUCACCACCACUGAGAGACUGGGGAAACGGUUUGAGACCUAGCAUCGUUUAAACCUCCACAGGCAGAAAAGCCAGAAGAGAAAAAUGAAGGCAGGACAUUUUGAAAUGGUCACCAUGCUGCUGGCACCUAUGAUUCUAAUGGACAUCUUCCAGGUACAAGCUGAAAUGUUAGAUAUGGCAGACAAUGCAUUUGACGACGAAUACCUGAAAUGCACUGACAGGAUGGAACUCAAAUAUGUUCCCCAGCUGCUCAAGGAGGAAAAAGCAAGCCUCCAGCUCUUGGAAGAUGUGUGGGAAAAUGCAGAAGCCAAGUGGGAAGCUCGGAAGACUCAGCUCUUUCUCCCUGUGGGUUUUAAGGAUAACCAUGGAAUAGCCCUGAUGGCAUAUGUUUCUGAAGCUCAAGAGCAAACUUCCUUUUACCAUCUGUUCAAUGAAGCUGGGAAAAUGGCCGGCCAGUCUCGAAAAGAUUAUGUCUAUGGCUUCCAGUUCAAAGCUUUUCAUUUUUACCUGACGAAAGCUCUGCAGUUGCUGAGAAGACCUUGUGAGAACAGCUACCAAAACGUGGUGUAUAGCGUAAGGCAGACUACUUUAUCUACAUUUGGAGGACUAAACCAAGUCCGAUUUGGCCAUUUCACCUUGGCAUAUUCAACCAAACCUCAAGUUGCUAAUGACCAAGACGUUCUGUUAACCAUCAACACGUGCUUUGGAAUUGCCGUUGAAAAACUUUUUGAUAAAGAAAGUGAAAGAAUUAUUUUAAUACCCCUGAAUGAGGUUUUUCAUGUGACACAGGAUGGGACUGGCAAUAACCUUAUCCUGCAAAGCACAAACAAGACCUGCAGCCAUUAUGAGUGUGCAUUUCUAGGUGGACUAAAAACUGCAAAUUGUGUUGAGAACAUGGAAUAUUUUCAACACAUCAGUGUCUACAACUCUGGUGUGAAAAACCAGAAACUUGAAGACCCUGGAAUGAAAAGCCAGGAGUCCACAGUCUUACCUGGUGUGAAGAGCCAAGAAGCCACCCAAAUACCUGGAAUGAAAACUCCAGAACCUUUUUCACUACCUGAAGACAAAAGUCAAGAUAUCGACAGUCCUGCUCCAGCUCCAGGUCCAGUUCCAGGUCCCAAAAUCCAUACCUCCGCAUCAUCUGGCAAAAUGCUCCUUCCACCGUUUGGGACAUUCAUCAUUUUAAUCAGUGUUUCUGCUCUAAAUCUCUGUUGCUCUGUAGUCUGAUACAUUCUUUUUAAUUUUUGGGGGGCGGGGGCGCUGAUUUAUUUAUUUAUUAGACUCGAGUGCUUUAGUACAGAACGGUACAGAGAUGUUUGUGCUUCAAUACUUUCAAACACUGAGAUUCUGAUAAUUUCAAGGUAAACAAGUUUCAAGACAGACUAGCUUUUUGAUACAUUCUUUAUUACUUGAAAUAUGCUACAGGCAUCCCACAGAAAUCAUCAAAAGGAGUGAUGUAUUUUUCACUUGUUGGCCAAAGUCAUUCGAUAAAAUGAGAAUUACAUAUUAAUGUAAUUAACAAAUUCAGGUAGCUGACCCAGAUGUCACAGAAUUCAUUUUUCACUUAUUUCUAUAUUAAUCUUACGAUUGCAAAAAACUGUAUACUUUUGAUUUAAUUCAAUAAGACUUUAAAAUUAUUAGCUAUAAUUUCAGUAGAAUUGCUAGAUAUUAAAAUGUCAGUAAUGCUCAUGGUUAACCUGAAUUUAAUUCCUAAUUAGAAUUUAAAGGUGUUCUACUUAUCUUUAAAGGAUCAAACUUUGACUUCUAUUCAAAUAGCGUAUUCUUUCAGUCUCUUCAUUUUCCUUCUAUAUAUGAACACCUUAUAUUGUUAUAAACACAACAGUUUACCAAGUAUUUCACAUACGUAGUCCCUAACUUGAACCUCAUGUUAACCCAGGAAGGCAGACAGUACUGAAUGAAUAUGUGGGCUCAAUAAGCAAGGAAAAUGAGUACAGUACAGUAGUCUUUUACCCCAGGUAUUGUGGUGGUUGAAAAGUAAUUGAUUUAGGCAUGGGCUUUGGUAACUGACACUUGUUUACACUGCCAGUGUUUCAAAAAAGGACUUAAGGCCACUUUCAGAGAUUCAGAAAAACUACAUGAAAGCUCAACUAGGUGUUUGUUAGGGGUUCAGUGUGCUUUAAUUCUACCAUUUACCUCUCUUCAUGUUCAGAAUUUUGAGUGGACUUACCACAAGAACCAGUUCACAGAACGUCUAUAAAUUGUGCUGGAGAACACAACUUAGUCCAGAGGCCAAGGUUGGUCUUUUCUUCUCAUUUCCACCCAAAUCUAGAACUUGGUUAUCAGUUGCUUGGAACACAACUCAGGUACAGACCAAGUCCAGUUAUCUAACCAGCUACAUGAACAAGGACCACAGGCCUUGCCUUACACAUGUAGUCACCAGCAGGAUCAAAACUUAGGAGGCUAACUGGGCCUGUCUUUAAAAGGCAGACCCCGCGCCCUAUCUAGGGCUUGUGAAAUUAGAAACCUAACAUACGAGAGGACAAAAAAUGAAAGGCUAGAGAAGUAAGCAUGCUAUGCAUGAUUAGCCAUCUGCCCAACAGAGAAUGUGGCUCAAUGAGUAACAGGUCUCAUCUAUUAGAUCACCAGCUCUUCCUACAGUGAGCGGGUGUGCAGAGGGGCAAACUCCUUCCACAUUCGGCUACAUGGAUGAGAAAGAUGAGAGGUGUUAUAAGAAACAGCCCUGUGAACCUUGUUUGUGUCUCCUGCACAACUGUUAGCUAGCUAGUCUGCAUCCUGACAGAUUCCUUCAGUGGGAUCUCAGAGGGAGGCCUCUGGAUGUACAGUGCAUCACACUCCUUACUCCUUGCCAUCCUCAUAAUAAACACAGUGGCACGGUUCAUGGGGCUGUUUCUUUUAACACCUCUCAUCAUAAGACAAAGCAUUACGCAGAAAUGCAGAGUUAAAGCAUUCCAAGAGGGGCCAAAAUGAUGCAGCCCAGGUGUGCAGUUUGUAGUCAGAAAAAUUGUUUAAAAUUAUCUAGUUGUUGAAGAAUCACUAUUGCACAUUAUCAUGUCUAAUUCACAUUUUCCAGUGUUUUCAGAUACUAAUGAUGUAUUAGAGAAUUCUUUAUCCUGGAUGAUAUAGGAAGUAAUUUUUAUUUGCUGUACCCUAGUCAAAAUAUAUCAGUACUGAUAUACUUUCCUUAGAGGGUAAAGUCAGACUUAAAGCCAGGUUAAAACUGAAAUUCUUGAGCUGUGAUUAUGAUUUAGUAUUUGUGUGGACAUGAAUGGCCAUUCUCCCAGAGCCAAAUAAAGCACCAGACAGAAUUAUAUAAAAGUAAUUAUAAUCAAGAAUUUAUUUAUAACUUUUCAUCUUUUUUAGAAAUAAAAAGUUUUAAAAAAAAGUUGUAAAAAUGAUAAAAUGUAAUUUUGUUAUAUCCUAAUUGCUUAGGUGUGUUCUGUAAAUUCCAAAUAAGUAAAAUAAUAUAAAAAUAUAUUUUCAAAUCUUUAUAGAAUGAAAAGAAAACCACAUUAAUCAUUAAAUACUCUUGGAUUUUCUUUACUCCUCCCACAGAUGAAUUCACAAAUAUAAAAACUGACAUACAUUUACAUUCUGAAGUACAAAUCUCCAACAGCCAAGUAAUUAUACAGUUUGUUAUGUGCAAAGUAGACAUUUCCUAUUUACUUGCUAUGGAGAGCAGAGUACAGGCUCAAUGGAGAAUAAUCAUCAUUAAACAAUGAUUAUUUUUAAGAAGAAUGCUGUUGUAAAAAUAUACAAUAGGAAAUAUUUUUGGUAAUUAUGUACUUCUUUUUUAAAGUAAUUACAGCUUUUAGAUGUAAAUCUUUCAAAGGCUAUCUCUGAAGAGCAGUGAUGUGACAGUUAUUUCAGAUUUGAUGAAUAAUAAUUUGUCAGGAACCUUCUCAAAAACCAAGUCAGGAGAGAGGAUUGUUUUCUUUCUUUUCCCCUCCACGUGGUCAGUUUCAUUCUUAAGGAAGGUCUGAUAUAACAAGAAAAUGUAUUUCACAAACCUUUAACACAAGUUUGUGAACUGUCAACUGAAGACACCACCUCUGAUGUGGAUGGUUUCAUUCAAUCCAUGUUCUACCAACUUGAUAUCUUCUAAGUCAUCUUUUAUGAUGCUAAUCAAGUGGCUAAGGCCUUCCUGUUGUUGUUUCAAAUGCUAGAAGGAAUUUAAAAAAUAUCAAUGUAUUUAUUAAACUGCACGCUACUCACAGGAAAAAGGCUAUUUUUCACUAUUUUACCAGCAACACAGCACUUAGUGGCUGCUCUCAUUAUCUGCAUGUUUAAACACUUGUACUAUAUGUUUUGCUAAUACUUUUAAAUACAGUAAAAUACUACUGUAAAAAGCAAUAAAAUCAAAUAUACAAUGAACAAUAUCUGUAACAGAAAUUUUACAAAAGAUGCAGAGUUUUAAAGGUUCCUUUUAUCAACCUUUGAUAAAAAACAAAGGUAUAUUAAAAUAAUGCAAGAAGGUACUCAAAUAUAGAUGACUAGCAAAAUAAUCAUUCUGAAAACUGAGGAUUUCCAUGUUUUGAAGUACAAACUGAUGAUAAUAGUGAUAUAACUACAAUUGCUAGCAUUUUAGAGUCCUUCCCAGAUGUUAAGGCAGCUUGAAGAGUUUCAUGGGUAUUAACUCAUUUAAAAUCCCUUUGAGCACACACUUUGGGAGUACCAUUAUUACCUCUUCUCUACAGAUAAAGAAACUGAGAUACAGGUAAUGAGCCAUGAUGCUUCAAUUCCAAAACAAUAUACUGCUUUUCAUCAUCUUAGGUAGGUGUUUAUAUUAUUCCCAAUUUUACUGCAUAAACUCUUUUAUAUAGUUCUUUAUUCCAAUAUGCUGGAAUCUUUCUCAGUUAAUUUUAUUGUAAAUAUGAAUAUAAUCAAGUGUAUGUAUACUUUUCGAGAUCCAGAGCCAAACUAAUUUUUAGUUGCAUAUAAUGGCAAUAUCUGUUGAUGACAUUUAUAACUACCUAAAAUCCUCAGGGUCAUACCAACCUGCCAUGCCAAUUAAUCCUACCUAAUAGGUUCCACAAAGUUUACCAUCUUAAUAUAUUUUUUUAGACACAGCUGAUGGCUGGAUAGCUUUUAUUAAACCGAUCUAUAUUUAUACUAAUGAAACUAAGCUAGAGCAGUACGUCCCAACUUCAUAGAAAGUGAGCCGUAGACAAGUGGUUGGAGGUUUCGGCUACCCCAGCCUACACCCAGGUCCCCUGAGGGCUGACAGGAUCAGUAACUCUACAUAUUUAUAAUUGAUAUGUGGCAUCAUGUAAGUUGGGAAUAUGUGAUAUAGAGCAGUUACUUCUCAGACUUUGUGCAUACAAAUCACUCUGUGAUCUUGAAAAAUGUAGCUUUCGGAGUCUAGAGUACGGACUGAGCGUCUGCAUUUCUAACGACCCCCCAGGUGCUGCUGCCACUGCCCACACACGGCAGCAGGGUCUAGGGUACUUCGGUUGUCUGUAUUACCUCAGAAUUCAUCGAUGUGGGGGACAGGGGAAGAGAACGAUUAACUUUCUUUUGGUGGGAAAAUAUACAUAUCAUGUCCAUUUUAACCAUUUUAUGUCCAGUCCAGCAGCACUGAGUAAAUCAUGUUGUGCAACAAUCACUACCAUCUAUCUGUUGAACUUUUUCAUCUUCUCAAACUGAAAUUCUGUACCCAUUAAACACUAGCUCCCCAUUCCCCUUCCCCUCAGCCCCUGGCAACUACCAUUCUACCCUCUAUGAAUUGGACUACUCUAGGUACCCCAUAUAAGUGGAAUCAUACAACUUUUGUCCUCUUAAACUGGCUUAUUUCACAUAAUGUCUUCAAAAUUCACCCAUGUAGUGUGUGCAUGUGAGAAUUUCCUUCCUUUUUAAGGCUAAUAUUCCAUUGUAUAUAUGCCAUAUUUUGUUUAUUCAUCCACCUAUGGACACUUGGAUUGCUCCCACUUUGGCUACUGUGAAUAACGCUUCUAUGAACAUGGCUAUACAAAUCAUCUGUUUGAGUCCCUACACUCAAUUCUUUUAGGUAUGCACCCAGAAGCAGAAUUGCUGGACUAUAUUGUAAUUCUAUGUUUAAUAUUUUGAGGAACCAUUUUUCACAGUGGAUGCAUGCACCAUUUUUACAUUGCUGCUAGCAGUGCAUGAGGGUUCCAUUUUCUUCACAUCCUCUAAACCCUUG